GACAACUACGCCAUUAAGAUUAAGGGGGCAUUACACAGUGACAGUAGCACUCCAGCCUGCGUUGCCCCAUUUCACUAUUAUCACUGCUGCUGCGAGGCGAGCUAGCCAGUAGCAGCACCACCACCCAAACCCAUAUCAACUCCAACCCUAGCUCUCUCCCCUCGUCUCCCUCCAGUCUCUCUCCCUCUCUCUACAUUUAAUAUAUUCCGCCUCUCUCUCUCUCUCUCUCUCCCUGUAUCUUCUUCUCCUUUCCCAUUCUCCAUUUAUAUGUGAUUUGCGCGAUCCUGCUUACUGUUCUCAUUUCUCGGAUUUUUUUUUUGGAGUAAGAUAUAGAAUAGUAGUUGUACUUUGUUGCAUGAUCGCCGGAGAUGGCGUCAGCAUGCGUCAAUAAGAUUGGAAUGUCGCCUGAGAAGAAAUUCCUGGACUGUCCUCCGGUCAAGUAUCCAUCCUAUGGUUGGCUAAGUCCGAGAAUCUCAUUUAGCCGAGAGUUUCCGGACGACGAUCCCUCCGCCGGAGGAGCCAAGCCUCUUCCGGCGGACAAGGCUGGAGCGAAUAAGGAUAACGCCCAAGUAUUAGAUCCAGAACCUCCCUCCAAUGAUUUCGCUGAUUUCGAGUUCCGACUCGAAGAUCCGGUAAAUAUGCUCCCCGCUGACGAGCUGUUCUCCGACGGCAAGCUCGUGCCUCUGCAACUCUCCUCGAUCCGCCCGUCGGAGGCCGCAACUCCGGCCGUGAGGUCGCCGGACACGCCGCAGCUUCGUCGGAGAGGCGAGAUCUCUGCUACUGAUCCAUGCUUGUUCUCUCCUAAAGCUCCCAGGUGUUCGAGUCGUUGGAAAGAGCUUCUAGGCUUGAAGAAACUCUACCACAGCAGCACCGCGAAUAGUAAUGCUAAUAAUAGCAGACAGCAAGAGCAUCACAAAGCGACGCCGUCAACUAGCAAUGCUAACACUCACCGGUCUUUGAAACAUUUUCUUCACCGAAGCUCCAAGUCAUCGUUGUCGUCUUCUUUGGAUUCAUCCUCCUCCUUAAGCCUCCCAUUGCUACGAGAAACUGAUAGCGAGUCCGUUUCUCUAUCCUCGUCGCGCUUGUCGCUCUCCUCCUCGUCUUCGGGUCACGAACACGAUGAUCUUCCCAGGCUUUCUCUAGACUCGGAAAAGCCUACGUCGUUCCGUUCAUCAGCGCAAACUCAGAAUGCUAAUGGUAACGCUAACCCUCCUAGAGUACGAGUUGUUAAAUCGAGAGCAUUAUCGGCUGAAAACGCGGUAGCAAUGCGGGUCGGGCGAAGCCCCUUGCGGAGACCGCCUGAAUCUACAAUUCGUGGAGUUUCAGUUGAUAGUCCCAGAAUGAACUCCUCGGGAAAGAUUGUGUUUCACAGCUUGGAGAGAAGCUCCAGCAGUCCAAGCAGUUUCAAUGGUGGACAUAGGUAUAAGCAUAGGGGAAUGGAGAGGUCUUAUUCUGCGAAUGUCCGUGUUACUCCGGUUCUUAAUGUUCCAGUGUGUUCGCUUAGGGGCUCCUCAAAAUCUGGUGGUGUCUUCGGGUUCCCUUUGUUUUCUUCUUCCCAGCCGAAGAAAGAAGGAGGUGGUGGUGGUGGUUCCACGAAUGGUGGAAAUGGAACAGGGAAUCGAGGACAGCUGAGUAAUGCUAGUAUUAAGAGCCGCCCGGAUCGAACUUGAGGGAUUUGGUUUGAUCUUGUUGGGGUAAAAUUUUUUUAAACCUUCUUUUUGUUGUUGCCUUUUUUGUUCUGAGUAAUACUAGUUGCCUUUUUUAGCUUUUUAGCUUUCUGAGUUCGAGGGAGGAUCCGCAAUGACUUUUUUUGUAAUGUUGUUGGGCCGAUGAUACCGCCACCAUUUGCUUAGUGGGUUUCAUCUGCGAUUAUAGACAGCUUGUAAGUUGUAAGACCAGACCAGAUCACAUGUACAUAUGGGGCGUGAGGAGGAGGGUGACGACGAGGGACCUGAUUUGAUUUGAUUCUUUUCUUUUUUUUUUCUAGUCAUGCUAACUCUCAAGCUGAUGAACCAAUCAAAUAUUGGGUUUUCUCGAAUAUUAUAAUGAGUCGUUAGCUUCUUCGUAGUAUAUUGUACUGAAACUGAAAGCCAUGCGGAAUCUCUCUGUUUCUUUUUACUUUUUCAAAAGGACCCCUUUUCCCCUUCUCAGUUUUCAUUUCACUCGUGAUGUGGGAUUCGUUCACUACUUGGUUCUUUUGUGCUGCUGCUGCUGGUGGAUGCGGUGAGGUGUUCAGCACGCGCUUCCCGAGCUGUUUGACUUGACUGACCAUAUGUUUAAUCUCAAAAAUUUUAUUCUUGUUUCUCGUGUAACCCUGAUGUGCGUUGCAGCAUAUGGCUAGGCUAGCCGGUUAAUUUUCUCGAAGCAGCAUUAUGCUGGUGGUGCGUGCCGCUACUAUCAAUACUUAUGGAUGCAGAUACAUUAUUCAUAUUCAAAUAGCUUGCUAAUUCAGAGGCUGCCAGCUUUGUUCAUCAUCUCUUUCCACGUCGUCGGUCUGAUCCCCACUCCCUUAUUUAUUUUUAUUAUUAGCAUU